CCAGGCUCACAUUAAAUUUCCUAUUGACUAUCCAUAUUCACCACCUACCUUCAGAUUUCUGACCAAAAUGUGGCACCCCAACAUUUAUGAGAAUGGAGAUGUAUGUAUUUCAAUUCUUCACCCACCUGUAGAUGACCCACAAAGCGGAGAGCUGCCAUCUGAGAGGUGGAACCCUACCCAAAAUGUCAGGACUAUCUUACUGAGUGUAAUCUCUUUGCUUAACGAGCCCAACACAUUCUCUCCUGCCAACGUGGAUGCGUCAGUCAUGUUCAGGAAAUGGAGGGACAGUAAAGGAAAGGACAAGGAGUACGCUGAAAUCAUAAGGAAACAGGUUUUGGCUACCAAAGCUGAGGCAGAGAAGGAUGGUGUGAAGGUCCCCACUACGCUGGCAGAAUACUGCAUCAAAACUAAAGUGCCUUCCAAUGACAACAGUUCAGAUUUGCUUUAUGAUGACUUGUAUGAUGACGAUAUUGAUGAUGAAGACGAGGAGGAAGAGGAUGCUGACUGUUACGAUGACGAUGAUUCUGGCAAUGAGGAGUCGUGACCUGCUCCCUCUAUGCCCCUGUACUGCCCUGCCGACUCAGGCCAGAAGGGAGCAGCGGUAACCUAGCAGCAGUCCAGCAAAAAAGUGUGGGGGGG